CCUCUAUGCAGCCACAUUUUAAGCCAGUUUCAAUUCCACACGGUGCAGUCAUUCAUCGAGUCUCACAAGAAGAACACCUUACAAAGUGGAUCUACGAAAGAACUACCUUGAAGAAGUCAAAGUUUUUACCAUAAAGCAUUCAUAAAAAGCUUUUGAAAUUUCAGGAAAAAAUGUGUAGUGUUUUAAAAUAAGAAAAGUGAUUCUGCGCUUAUUUAUACACGUAUUCAUCCGAAGAAAUUCAUCUCAUUUGUGGUACAAGCCGACACUUUAAAACUGACAGCGAAAAUUGUUCUGACGUUUAUGUUGAGUAUUUUGAGGUACUGAAAAUAUUGCGAUAAGAAGUGAAUAAGCAGAAGCGCAAGGGUGAGGUGCAAAGGAAAAUUGGCCGACGUUGUGCUGUUUGGCACCAUUUCUUAUUUUCUUGAAUCAAUUGAAUUGAAUGAAAUGUGUGUUUGAUAAGUGAUCCGUAGCAGAUCCUUUGAACCAUUUCACUUUUGAAAGUUGCAGAAACUUAUUACAAUAACAUUAUACGACACACUAGCGAAGCAAAAGUUUUACGACGUGAAUUUGUCACCUCCUACAUACGUACUUACAUACGUGCAUAAUUAUUUGUUUUUUGUGUUCUGUAUCAGUGACCAUCUCAUGAAUAUGGGUUCACUGGACUACUGACCAUAUCGUAAUAUUGGAUCGUUGCACAUAUUUCAUAGAGAGCCCAGAAGUUUUCAAGUUUCGACUCCUGACCAGCCACAAACACAAUGGGGCGAUACAGCCCCAUAAGAAAUGCGUCACGCCGAUUGGAAUCCAACGCCACUUUUAUAGAAACCACUCACGACACAAUCCCAAACAACAAUAGAACAGUGAUCAUGGAUUCCCCACCACCAGUGUACAAACCCUUUCGCGACAAUGAUGGCGAGUCCUCCCCGUCUACCCUCCCAAUUUACGCCAAAUCUCAAAUCUGUGCUCGGAGAAAACAAUGUGUUUCGUCGCUGCAUAGGAAAUCUUAUUUUAGAAAAUGCAAUGCCAUUAUUUGGAAAUUAGCCGCAGUAUUUUUAGUCGUAGUACUUUCUUCUGAAACUCUUUUUUCCUAUUGCUCUGCGGAGCCCGUUGUGCCAAGAAAUGUGCGUACGCUGCCCACGCGAGUGACUUACGGAGACAUAGAAAAGGCAAACAAGACCUGUUCUCCGAAAGAUACCUGUGCACCGAGUCGACACGAUCGGAAUGGUGCCAUGUUCAACGAUAUAAAGAGAAGAAAUUGUUUUUGUGAUAAGCAAUGCAUAGUGUAUGACGAUUGCUGCAUAGAUGCGACGUUUCGACGAGAUCCGAAUGUGACAUACAAGAAGAGUCUAGAUGUCUUCCAGUGCGUUCAACUGAGACAUUACGGAUCUUACUAUAUGAAUUCCAAAUGCCCAGCUUCAUGGAAGGAUGAUAUGAUUAAAAUGGGUUGCGAGGAUCCCAAAGCCACUGCAUUCGAUCCAAUCUCUUCGCUUCCCAUAACAAAUUUGCGGACUGGAUUUACGUACAAAAACUAUUUCUGUGCCCUGUGCAACAAUCAAACUUUCACCGAUGGGAUGGCGAUGUGGCAACCGCAAUUGGAGUGUCCUUCUGUGACCAACAAAGAGAAAUUGGAUUUUUCCAAUCAAACUAUAAACAAUAAAUUAACAUAUCGAGCAGACCAAGGAAAAUGGGGUCUGCAGUUAUCAUACGGAGAUUAUGAAAUUUUCCAUGCCUGUAAUGUGAAUGCCUUCAUCCCUGACAGUGUAACACAUCUCGUAAGACCAUGCACUCCCGUGAUUAAGGAUUGUCCUGCGAAUUACAAUAACACAGACAUUCAUCGGAAAUGUCUUAGCUACACCGCCCAAGUAUAUCAUCUUGCGGAAGGAUAUCGAAAUGUCCACUGUGCUAUUUGCAAUGGCAUUUCUGUCGAAAUUCUUAGAUGUGACUAUCACUCGAGUCAAGGGCCAAGGAAAUUUCUGCCUGAUUUUAAUCCAGUGGCAUUUUCAUAUCUCUUUGAUUUGAAUCCCUCGACCGGAAAUGAAGUCGGCAGGACACAAAAAUGCACAAUUGCUCAAGUUUAUGAUCCCUUUUUUCAAAGAUGUAGAGCAGUUCUUUGUGCCCCAGGCCAAAUUUAUAAAAACGAGCAAUGCAUCUCCGUGACUGUGUCAACUUGGAAACCAAUGAAUCCGAAUCUUCCAUCUGAUAUGCAUGAGGAACUUGACGGAAAUGAUCUAAACCCUUUGGACUCCAAUGUUUUAGAAUCUACUACACCCAAGGACGGCAACACAUCUGCAGCAUCGAAGCGAGAUAACUUUGAAAUCUGCCCUAAAGUUAUUCUUCAACGUUCAGAGUAUCAAAUUCUGGAGAAUGGUAGCGUGUAUGUGGAGCAAUAUGGAAAAGUGCUGUCGAAAAAGGACUAUUCAGUGCAAGGCCACGAUCGUUUGGUUGUGUGUGCUAUCGAGACCAAAUAUUACACUGAUAAGUUCGGACCAACCUGGGGAUACCUUAGUUUUGUAGGGGUCCUCAUUUCUGUAAUUUUUCUCAUUUUGCAUUUGGUGGCAUGUUUCUUGGUCCCGGAUUUAAGAAAUUUAUCAGGAAAGAACUUGGCAUCCUUGUGCAUUGCGCUACUAUUGUCUUACUCAAUAUUUUUGGGAUUACCGUUUGUUUCAAUUCCAAGUUCUUCAUGUACCGUGAUGGGAGUUGUGUUGUACUACGGUUUAAUGGCGUCAUUUUGCUGGAUGCUAGUCUUGGCAUGGGAUGUGUCCAUGACCCUUCGACGAGCAACCCAAGAAUUACGAAUUUCAACCGGGUCCCAGUGGACUAGAUUCUUCUUUUACUCUACAUUCGGGUGGCUAUUUCCUGGAAUGAUGGUGACAAUUGCAGUUGUUGCCGAAUUUCUACCUCCCGAUGUCAUGACAUGGCCAUACACUCCAAAUUUCGGCGUCAACAAUUGCUGGUUUGGUCAAAAGCCGGCACUGCUCAUCUAUUUUGCUGGACCGGUUGCCUUCAUCUUGCUACUUAAUCUGUUGUUAUUCAUUGAUUCUGCAAAGGUUAUCGCGUCCACCAGUAUCGGGACUGCAAAAGCUAAAGCUUGUGGUCCAUCACACAAAAAUUUCCAGUUAUAUGUCCGACUCGCUUUGCUCAUGGGGAUAAGUUGGAUCCUCGGUAUCGUUGCUGGUUACGUCGAUGUCCCUGAAUUGUGGAUAGUCUUUGUUUUCUUCAAUACGCUUCAAGGACUCUUUAUUUUUGUGGCUUUCACAUGCAGUGCAAAAACGAGGAAAGUUCUUCGAACUAAACUUUGCUGCAAAACUUCAGCCCCAACGGCGUCAUGGACAUGGACAGGCGGUGGCAAUCACAUGAUGAGAACUACUUCUUCGUCCUCUGGAAACACAAAGAGGUCAGAUUUGGAAGGACGCGACUCUUACGACUCUUCCCAGAUAUCUACGAAUGUCCAUCCCAAUAGUCGCAAUAACUCCCCUCCCCACCACCACAACGUGCAUUACCAUAAUAAUCAUCACAUCCACCCAAAGAAUGCUACGUCCUCUCACCAGGCGCACCCACAUGGCCAUGUUCCCUCCCUCCAUCACCCCUCCUUCCACACUUCUGUUGGGAAUGGGAAAAUGUAUCGAAGUCCUUCCACUGAACUUUAUCGUUCCUUGCAACAAAAUUAGUACAUUUGUAUGUGGCUCAUAUGCUGAUGAUGCGAAGGAUUGCCAUGAAUCUCUUUUUGUAGGUAUUCACUUUUAUGUACGCUACACAAAACAUUUCACUUUUGCAAUUGUUUAGUUUGGACGAAGCCAUGCAUAAUAUCCACCUUGUCCCAAUUAUUUACAAAGCCAGUUUUUUCUUGCAUAAAAAUAUAUACUUCUAAACCCUUUUUGUAAUUCCUUGAAUGUUAUUCUGUUUAAUUAUGUAAUGUAAUAAUGCAAGCACAGUUGUGCAUUGUGUUAAGUUGUGACUUAGAUAGUUUGAUCCCUGUGGUUAAUUAAUUAUGUAUACACGCAUUGGGUAAUAAAUAUCAUAUAUAUAAAUGUGCAAGAUACACAUAGAUGUAUGUAUAUUUAAAAAUCGGAAUAAAGUGUUCCAUGAUGAACAAAUGACAAUUAA